CACUGACUGGACACUCCAGUACAUUAACACUGCACUGAGAGAGAGGGGUUCAUACAGACACACUGACUGGACUGAGAUUCAACAUAGUAAAACAGCAAGGACGUUUAAGAGGUCAAUACAGGACUCUGGGAAAAACAGACACAGGUAGAGAGUAAAGCGAAAUAAAAUCAGGUUGGUGUGACAGAAUUCUGGAGAGAUACCACAGCUCCUGGGUGGAGACAGAAUCUGAGAUCACAGCAGGACACCCCCGACAUGAGGACAGUGCUCUGUCUGUUCGGCGCAGCUCUGCUCUUCAUGGUUGGGACUGACGCUCAGAGCAGUGUGUGUGGACGGGCACCCCUCAACACCCGCAUCGUAGGGGGCCAGUCUGCCCUGGAGGGCUACUGGCCCUGGCAGGCCAGCCUGCAGCUGAGGGGGAGUCACAGUUGUGGAGGGUCUCUGAUCAACAAUCAGUGGGUGCUGUCUGCUGCGCACUGCUUCGCAGGAAGCAGCGUUCCCAGUAGCUGGAUGGUGUAUCUGGGCUGGCUGAAGUUGUCUCUGGCCAGCACUAACGGAGUAGCCAAAAGUGUCCAGCAGAUCAUUGUUCACCCAAGCUACAACCCCACUACCUUCAACAACGACGUCGCCCUGCUGAAGCUGAGCAGCUCCGUCUCCUUCACCAGCUACAUCCAGCCCGUCUGUCUGGCCGACAGCGGCAGCUCCUUCUACACUGGGACCAGCUGCUGGGUCACUGGCUAUGGCACGACUGCAGAGGGAGGCUCUUUGCCACAACAAGGUGCCCUGCAGGAGGUGCAGCUGCCAGUGAUUGGAAACCAGGAGUGCAGAUGCCUGAACUCUGAAUACAACAUCACCAGUAACAUGAUCUGCGCUGGACUGAGACAGGGGGGCAAAGACUCCUGCCAGGGAGACUCCGGAGGCCCCCUGGUGUCCAAGCAGAGCUCCGUCUGGGUCCAGGCUGGUAUUGUGAGCUUUGGACAGGGCUGUGCCCGGCCCAAUCUCCCUGGGGUGUACACCCGCGUGUCCCAGUACAAGGCCUGGAUCCAGGCCCAGAUCGGCUCUUCCCCGGCGCCGGGGUUCGUGACCUACACGUCCUCCGGCAUCAACACCGACAGCUCCUACAAGUGCACCGCGUGCUCACCCGCCAUCGCGCCCCUGGCGCUGCUGCUGGCGGCCGGACUGCCCGCGCUGCUGUAACUCACGCCGAACACCGACGACGGAAGUGUACCGCAGUGUGCUGCAGUGAGCGCUAGUGCUGCUGGUACUGUGUUAUGAGGGGUUCUUUCAUCAGUAAACUUCAAAUC